CUCCCCCCUGCCCUCGCCUCGCUGCCCCAUAUCACUGGCUGGCUACUCUGGCGGCGUCGUGCUAGAGCGGGAGAGUGUUCCGGUGUACCACGUGCUCGUGCUUGGAACGCCGUACGUGUCCAUGGAGAUGGAGACCCCGUUGGCGCAGGUGAUGGAUGGCCUGAUCAAGGGGCGGGAGUUCGCGACGCAGCUGCAGGGCCUCCUCCGGGACUCCCCCAAGGCCGGCCUCAUCAUGGACCAGAUCCUCCACGCCUUCUCCCGGGCCAUGCACGCCGCCAAGGCUGCGGCCGCUGCCACGGCUGCUACCAGCGGUAGUGAGAGGUCCUCGGACGUGCAUAGCGAGGUCACCGAUGGUGCGAGCGGCGGCCGGAAGAGGAAGUCCGCCGCCGCCGGAGGAAACCGCAAGGCCUGUCGGAGAAGGACCCAGCAGUCGUCCGUCGUCACGAAGAGUGUGAAGAGCUUGGACGACGGGCAGGCGUGGCGCAAGUACGGGCAGAAGGAGAUACACAACUCCAAGCACUCGAGGGCUUACUUCCGGUGCACGCACAAGUACGACCAGCUGUGCGCGGCGCAGCGGCAGGUCCAGCGCUGCGACGACGACGAGGGCAUGUUCAGGGUCACCUACAUCGGCGUGCACACCUGCCGGGACCCCGCCGCCGCCGCCGUGGCGUCGCACAUGCUCCACCUCACCGGCGCCGCCGAAGGCCUGCACGCCGGCUGCCACCUCAUCAGCUUCGCGCCCGGCAGCUCCACCGCCGCCGCUCCCAGCACGACCACGACGACGAUGACCUUGAACGCCAAGCUGGUCGACGAAGACGCCGCGACGGGGUCCGGCCUGCAGGGCAUGAAGCCUGAGAGCGGCGACCAGGAGGAGGUGCUGAGCAGCCGCACCCCCGGGAACUCUGCCCAGCACAGCACCGCCGCGGCGGCGACGGCGACGGCUCCUGCUUGGCCCGACCAGGGAGACGUGACGUCCACCCGGCAAUACGGUGGCGCCGUUAACUUUGGAGAGUACCUUGAUGACUACACGUCCCUCGGGGACCUAGUGUCCUACGUCCUCGAUCAUUGAUCCGUCGAGCUGUGGAUCGACCGAUUUGUCGCGUGUAAAUGGAAAUAAUGGCUGUGCGGAUCGUCGAUCAUCUUGAGCGGCAACCACUGCGAGUCGUAGUUUAGUUUGUACAGUUUAUUUUCGUCUCAUGACAAUUAGAAGCUGAAAGUUGGGUAUUGUUUUAGUUGA